GUCCUGUGUGAGAGAGACAGACAGACACAGACACUUCUAAAGAGCACAGCAUCCUAGUGAAUUCUCUACCUUUGACAGUCUCAGUCCACUGUGUGAGAGAGAGAGAGAGAGAAAAAAGAGGCAAGCACAAGGCUCUCAGUUUGCAACUGUCCUUAAAGAGACUCUCAUACCUGCAAACUUCAAGCCUGAAGUCAGUUCCGCCAGGGGUGAAUUUGGGAAUUCCUUACGCAGUUGCUGGGAGCAAGGGGGGGAAAUGCAGAGCACGGUCGGCACCCAGGUGGCCUGGUUAUGCGCGAUAACCAUCUCUCUGGCCGUACACCCCGUGUGCCUGCAGAAGCCUCCCAAGAGGAAGGUGGUGAGCGGGAGCAUCAAGGCUGUGGGCUGCUGCGAGGAGCUGAAGGACCUGAAGAUGCAGGUGGGCAACCUGACCGCCUUGAUCGAAGAGCUGAGCAAGAAGCAGGAGGACGAGAUGGGGAACGCCAUCGUGCAGGUGAUGGAGCUGGAAGGGACCCUGAAGCAAAUGGACCUGCGCCUCAAUGAUGUGGAAGGGAAGUACUCCGAGAUGAACAACCAGCUGGGCAUCGUGCAGCUCCAGGCGGCCCAAACGGUCACGCAAACAUCCGCUGAUGCUGUCUAUGAUUGCUCAUCUCUUUAUCAGAGGAAUUACAGAACCUCCGGUGUUUACAAGCUACUCCCAGAUGAAUUCCUGGGAACCCCAGAGUUGCAGGUGUACUGCGACAUGGAGACGGACGGGGGUGGCUGGACCGUCAUCCAGAGGCGCAAAGUCGGCCUGACCUCCUUCAACAGAGACUGGAGACAGUACAAACAAGGGUUUGGCAGCAUCCAAGGAGACUUCUGGCUGGGAAACGAACAUAUCCACCGCCUCUCCAGGCGCCCAACCAUGCUACGUGUGGAGCUGGAGGACUGGAACGGCAACAUUCGCUAUGCGCAAUACAACCACUUCACUCUCAGCAAUGAGCUGAACAGCUACCGCCUCUUCCUGGCCAACUACAGUGGCAACAUGCCACACGACUCCAUGAGAUACCACAACAACACAGCCUUCAGCACCAAGGACAAGGACAAUGACAAAUGUGUGGACCACUGUGCGCUGUUACGCAAAGGUGGUUACUGGUACAAUUGCUGCACAGACUCCAACCUGAACGGCGUCUACUACCGCAACGGCGAACACAACAAGAGCACGGAUGGAAUCACCUGGUACGGCUGGCACGGCAAAACCUACUCCCUGAAAAGGGUGGAGAUGAAGAUUCGGCCAGCGGACUUCAAAGCCCAGGGGGACAACAACAAAGUUGAGUAAAGCGGCAGCAACAGCCCCACUUCAGGGUGGGGGGUGACUACGGGGGCGGGGAUAACACAGAAGGAAAAUUUUUAAAUAGCAAAGCACAACCACUCAUCUGAAAAUCCAAGGAAGUUAUAUACAUGGAUGGUGACUCACCUAUGACUAACAGUGCACACCCACCAAAGACUUUUAACCCCCCAAAAAAGUUUCCGCACCUCUCUCAUGACCAGGGUCCCCCAACAGGAUGCCAAAACAUACACCAGGAUCGGGAGCCUCUUGCAACAGCACAAGAAAACAAGAACACUGCCGUACUCACAAUUACCAUAAUGCUGCCCUGGUCUUAGGUGUGGGGCGGAGGAGGGGGGGGGGGGAUAGCUUUAUUUAUGUCCAAACUACAAUUUCAAUGUGGGUUUUAGAUUAGCUCAGCCGCAGAUACAAAUACUGUCAAAAUGUGGUAGGAGAAUUUUUUUUUAAUUUCGAGGUGGGGAAAGGACCCUAAGUCAGGAAGGUAACGAUAAGGAAAUCUUCAAGACAUUUUAUGCUUUGCAAUUUUGCAAGGGAAGGAGGGUGGAGAGGAAGCUCAGUCGCUAGUUUCAAUGGAAGCCAUAAGGGGACUUCUGAUGGCGCAGAGAUGUGGCCAAGGAAUCAUGCUAGCACUGCAGUUCACCAGAGCGUUUGGGGAUACACACACACAACAUUCCGUAAUGGGUUUUCUAAUAUAGGGGGACAAUUUUGGGGAAAUGCGUUGCCAAGGGGUACAUGAAUAAUAAUAAUAAAAAAGAUAGGGAACCACUGUUCUAGCAGAAUGCCAGAAGCAGCCAGCCAGCAGAUUCCAGAUCGUGAAAGUGAUCCAUUGUGGCCGUUCUGCAUUCUUGUUCCUUUUUAAACAAAAGGUAGGCUAAUAUUCUAACUAAACAGUAUUCAGUGUAUGUUAAAAGGUACAAGGGCUAAUAGUGUGAACAAAACAGAUGCACUGUUUGCAUGAGCACACAGUGCAAACGCACAUUCUCAAACUGCCGCAUCACUUACAGGGACAAUCAAUUUUGCAAAACACUUCCAAGACGGACUCUUCUCCUACAGCCUUAUCCUCUGCUUAACUGUAUUGCCAGAGUAGAUUCACAGUUCAUAUGUCUGGGGUUUCAUUCACUUUUUUAUUACAAGAGGGAUUUUGCUUAAUUUAAAUGUGCUGCCUUGUCGUCGGGAGACAGCAGUUUUCUAGGAAGCGUUGUGUAUAUGUUGACUAGCCAAUACUUGGAAAUUGCACCGGGAACACUUGGAACGCAGAUCACGUUACUUUGUAAGACUCUUGCGUGGGAGGUAUACCAGGUGGGUUUGCAUGUACUGUACAUUGAAUAAGUGCUCUGCACAAAAUUGCUAUGUAUGCAUAAUGGAUAUUUUUUUUCUCAAAUUCUAGAAUAAACUUUCUUGUUUUUAA